UCGGAUCGUAUAAGCAGCUUCCAUUUGCAGAAGCGAACAGCACAAAUUCCACUCCUGUCGCACUCCCAUCCCGCGACUUUUUAAAUUCAUAAACUUCUUAUUUUUCCCCUUCUCAUCGGUGGUCGACAUCUUGCAUAUAAUAUCCUCGCUUCCCCCCAACCACGGAUCGACCCUUGAUCUCUGUUCCCUGGUCUUACUCGGCUCUCCACCCACACCCAUACUCAAAGCAAAAGAAGGACCCCUCCACCCUGCGGCCAUCAUACUAAGCAAGCAAGCAGUCCACUUGGCACCCUGAACCUUGCCGGCUACAUGUUCCUAUGUAUCGACAGGACCACGGACUCUGUAUAAAAUAUAACGUUGUCCCCGAUUCUGCCGAUUGACGACGAUAGCCAAGACAGCGACGUUGACGACGUGCUCCUUUUCCUUUUCGUCCACAUCAGCAAAAAUCCUCAACCACAAGACCUUUCCCAUCUCGUCGCCAACAUAUCUUCCCACGAGGUCCCCGAGACACAUUAUCCGGGAUUCGACCCCGACAACGACGCAGUCGUGCAAGAACAAGAGCGCAGUCAAGCAUCUCCAGGCCGAAACCAACAGAGGCCGGGAACACUCACGCUCAUCACCAACUACCGCACUCGCGGCCUAGCUUCCGUCGUAGUUACUCCCAUCACAGCAACCGGCACAAUGUCGUCUGCCUACCACGCAUCCUACCCGGCGACGGGCCAGUACUACGAGUACUCGCAGCCGUCAUACACCGCAUACACUCAACCCAGCUACACACUCGAGGCCCACCCCUACGCUGACGCCUACACCACAACCGCUGGCCGCCUGACUCCCGAUUACAGGGAGCCCAGGACGAGCUCCUCGCGCCGCACCUCCAUCUCCCCUUCCUCCUCCGGCGAGUGCUCCCACACAUCAUCCGGCGCCAGCGGCCACCACCGCCGGCGCUCCAGCCAGAUCUACCUCGAGGAGCCCACACGCAUCGUCCACAGCAGCGGCUCCCCGUCGCGGAGGGACCGCGAACGCGCAGAGAGGGCAGAGCGCGAGGAGCGCGAGGCCAAGGAGGAGCGCCGCCGCCGCCGCCGCGAGGACAAGGUCUCGGCCCCGAGCAGCAAGGCCAUGCCCAUCCCUCUGCCCCGCUCCAGCACCAUGCCCACCGGGCUCACCCCAUCCCACGAGACCCGCGGCCGCCGCCCGGUGAUCAUGUCCGAGUACGUCGACAACGGCGAGACGUCUGCGCGCAUGCCCAUCGGCCCCGUCGACGUGCUGGAGCACGCCUCGUCGCGCCGCAACAGCACCACCAAGCGCUACUCGUCGACGGGCCGCUACGAGGACCACCACCGCCGGAGCAGCAGCAGCGGCCAUCGCAGGCACGACAGCAACGGCAGCAGCGGCAGCAGCAGCAGCCACGGCCACCGCAGGCACGACAGCAACGGCGGGUCCCCCCACGGCUACGCCAGCGGCGAGGAGGAGGCCAACCGCCGCCGGGCACAGAGGCGCAGCAACCGGGCCGAGGUGCGCCAGGGCCCCGGCUUCGCGGCGUCGGCACCCGACUUUGGCGUCGCGUACGGCAAGUCUCCUUCGCAUUAUGCCUCGAGCUACGCCUCGACGGCCGGGUCUGCGCACCUCAGCUCGUCGCCGGCGGCCGACGAGGCGACCAAGACGCUGCGGUGGGCGGACCAGGAGCGCCGGGCGCAGAACGACCGCAUCUCGUCGCGGCCCAAGCUGGCGCGCGUCGACUCGGUCAAGGCCAACGCCAGCGCCAAGACGCAGGGCGAGGUCAAGGGCAUCCUCAAGAACAGCCCCAACAACUCGAGGCCCCAGAGCAGCAGCGGGCCUCGCAGCCGCGGCAACUCGGUCAACGUCGACGACCUGGCCACCGGCGUCGAGCGGCUCUCGACCUCGGAGCGCGGCGAGGACGAGUACAGGCGCCUCAAGGACCGUUUCAGCAUGCCCCCCACCCGCAGGCACUCGACCUUUGGGCCGGGCGCCGGCAGCAGGGACCGGACCGAGUACUGGGCCGACGGUGGAAGGGAGAAGAGGUACUACCACUAAGGACUUUUAACUGUACUUUACUUUACUUUACAUUCUUUUGUCUAUUAUUUUUUUUUUCCUUUGUUUCUACUUUGGUGUUGGGACUGCGCUUUUCGGCCAGCAGGAUUUUCAUCUUUCAUUUUUAUUUUUAUUUUUGGCGUUUUACAUGUGUAUCUCAUGGAUCGGGCUGGGUCUUAGCAAGCGUGUUCAUCAGCUUGGGAGCAUUUCUUGGUUUUGGGUUUUGGGUUUUGGGAAUAUUGGACACAGAAUGUCGGUAUUCAGCGUCUACCACAGUUAGAUUCGCGUCGAUAGAGAAAAGACGCACUCUCCUUACAAGUAAGGGUCGAGGAACAACAAUACAGAAGGCCAUCAAAAGAUGGCUCAUUCAAGACUA